UCAAAACAACGUCAAUAUAGCUUUGUCAAAAUUAACAAUGCGACAACAAAUAUUUUAAAAUGAUUAAAUAUUAAUUUACAAACGUGUUCCUAAUAUUUAAUAGUCGUAUAUGAGUUUAAUUAUUAAUUUAAACGUCAUUGUCACAAAAAAGAAGUUGUGUUGAGAUAAAUUAAAAUGGCAACUGGGGGUUCCGGUGCGGUUUUCUUUUUAGGAACAAGAGCACAUUAUCAGGUUCUCCAGCAGCCCGAAUCCAGGUUCGACGCGGAGAAUGGGAACGCGUCCACGGAGACCAUCUACCAGAACCCUUCGGUCCAGGAGUUGUGGCCGGCGGAUAAACAUGAUGUCGACAACGAGAGAUGGGGUUAUUGCGAGCAGAACGAGAUCACUGUGUCAGACGAUAAGGAUCGUCCGGACAGCACGCUCCGGUCGCGACGCCGCCAGAGCACGGCCGCGCUCUGCGACACCGAGGAUAUGAAGCCCGCGCUGCUCAACAACAUGGGGAAUAGUACAACAACAAAAUGCGGCAAGGGUCGAGGGACUCUUCUCGCCCUACUCUGGUCGCUGGCACGACGCAAGCGGCGCGGACUGGCCACCAACGAGAUCCACUACCUACAUCAUAUAGACAACGCGCUGACGAGCUGUACCUACAGAGAAUCAUGUAGAUGUUUGGAAUGCCAGAGCCGUUAUUUCGAGUGCGACGAAGACAGUGAUGACUAUAGUUCUGACGACGACAGCUACGCGCCGCGUUACGUCGAGGAGUUGGAGGCGCAGGUGGCCCAUGCGGCGGUGCAGGAGGAGCCCGAAGAUGACGAGGAUGAUGAUGAGGUAUUCAUCGACACAGUCCCCGGUGACAACACAUCCACAGACCUCCUUCUAGACAAGAAGAUGUCUGUGUCUUCUGACGAAGUCACUGAACCUGACCCAGAAGAUAAACUUCAGCUGGAAGUGGCCGCGGGUACGCCUGUACUUCUUAACUAUCUGUUGACGCAUCCGAUAACUUGUAGCAUACAGUGAGAUUGUAUUGUCAAUGUCUUUGGGAUUCAGCUUUUGAGAUAAAAGGUUUUUUGGAAGACAAAGGACUUUUUUUUUUGGUUAAUUUUUGUGUGGACAGGGAUAGGGGUUGCGGAAAAGAGGAGAGAAAUUGGGUUUGUCAUAUUUUUUGCUUUCAUAAUUGAUGCAAGUUUAGGGGUUUUUUCUGCUGUUUUUAGUUUUUGGCUUAGUUGAAAUGCGGGGAAUGGAUGGGAAAUUAUUUUUAUUAUUUAGGGCGGUUUGUGACAAGAUGUCUUUGUAUGGAUUGUGUAAAAAGGGAUGAGGAAGAAAAGGAAGUUGUCGAUAGCACGAAGAGUUGUCACUUGUGGUAAAAAAAAUCGUUUUAAAGGAAACCUGUUGCGCCGGCUAUAAAUGAAACGGGAACUGGGCAGCAUGGAAAGAAGCAAGGCGGUCUGAAACGCAUUUAAAGUACGUAAACAUUGAUAAGAUUCUUUUAAAUGAAAAAUAGAAGCCAUAGUUAUUCAUAUCUGCUUUGUCUAUAGAGUGAGGGCAGUUA